CAGAAAUUCAAAUGUUAAUGAGUAAGUUUGGUCAAAAUUUGAUCGAAAUGUAUCGAAGACCGUGAUACCAACAGGGGUCGAGGCCUGAUGGUCAAUCGGUUGCCGCUGUUUCUGUACCGAGUUGUUCAUUUUUAUUAUUUUGUAUAUCUAUGCAGUUGACAGAAGCAGCGUGGCCAUUUGACUAGUAGCACAGCACAAUUCGGUCACUCAAAAUUUGCACAUUUCCAUGCAGAAUUGCUAUUGGUGGUGUUUAUAUCUGCAGGAGGAGGCUUCUUUUCGCAAAGACUGAGUUUAUCUUGUAUUAGUAUCUAAUUAAUCCGCAUCUCCCUCUCCCAGAAGGGGAGUAGAGAGGAGAGGGCAGGGCUCGCCUCUCGAGGAGGAGGAAGAUGAAGAAGGUGAGCCAGCUCCUCCAUGGCGCCCUUCUCCUGCUGCUCGCUGCUGCAGCGGCUGUCCAGGCUCAGCAGGCCGCGAGGACGAGGACUGAUCCCACUGAAGCGGCCGCGCUGAACGCGGUGUUCGCGAAGCUCGAGCAGCAGGCGGCGUCGUCAUGGAACAUCAGCGGCGACCCCUGCACCGGCGCGGCGAAGGACGGCACCCCCAUCGAGGACACCAGCUUCAACCCGGCCAUCACGUGCGACUGCACCUUCCAGAACAACACCAUCUGCCGCGUCACCAAGCUGAAAAUAUUUGGCUUAGAUGUGUCUGGCCAGAUACCACAAGAGCUGCGGAACCUCACGCGUUUGACCUAUCUGAAUUUAGGACAAAAUAUAUUAACGGGGUCUUUGCCAUCAUUCAUUGGGGAGUUGACUAAUAUGCAGAACAUGACAUUUCGCAUCAAUUCACUAUCUGGACCUAUUCCAAAGGAGCUUGGGAACCUUACGAAUCUUGUAUCACUGGGUUUAGGCUCAAACAGAUUUAAUGGCUCCCUUCCUUCGGAGCUGGGGAACCUGGACAAACUUCAGGAAUUGUACAUUGACAGUGCUGGCUUAAGUGGUCCACUACCAUCAUCAUUUUCCAAGCUUACAAGAAUGCAAACAUUGUGGGCAUCAGAUAAUGAUUUUACUGGACAAAUACCCGAUUAUAUCGGGAGCUGGAAUUUGACAGACCUGCGGUUUCAAGGGAAUUCUUUUCAAGGUCCACUUCCUGCUACUCUUUCUAAUCUUGCCCAAUUAUCAAUCUUGCGAAUCGGCGAUAUUGAAAAUGGAAGCUCCACUUCACUAGCAUUCAUUGGUAACAUGACAUCAUUGAGCAGCCUGAUUUUGAGGAAUUGUAGGAUAUCUGAUAAUCUUGCAUCAAUAGACUUCUCAAAGUUUGCAAGUUUAAACUUACUGGAUUUGAGUUUUAACAAUAUCACUGGUCAAAUACCAGCAACCCUGUUGGGUCUGAAUUCGCUGAACUCAUUAUUUCUUGGGAAUAAUAGUCUUUCAGGAAGCCUACCAAGCUCAAAAGGACCUUUGCUUACAACUUUAGAUUUUUCUUAUAACCAACUUGCAGGAAUUUUUCCUCCUUGGGCAAGUGAGAAAAAUUUACAAUUGAAUUUGGUGGCAAACAAUUUCGUGAUCGAUACAUCCAAUAACAGUGUGUUACCUUCAGGGCUAGCAUGCCUCCAAAGAAAUACGCCAUGUUUUCUUGGUUCUCCACAGUCAUCCUCCUUUGCUGUGAACAGUGGUAGCAGUAGACUCAUAUCAGGCUCAGAUAAUUUGAGGUAUCAAACUGAUGAUGUUAGCCUUGGAGCUGCAUCAUAUUAUGUUACAGGAUCACUAACAUGGGGUGUUAGCAAUGUUGGAAAAUUCAUGGAUGCACCAAAUGGGAGUUACAUAAUCUACAGCUCACGUCAGUUUCAGAACACCCUAGAUUCAGAAUUGUUCCAAACUUCAAGGAUGUCAGCAUCAUCUUUAAGAUACUAUGGUAUUGGACUUGAGAAUGGAAACUAUACAGUCAAUCUUCAGUUUGCAGAGUUUGGGAUCGAAGACACACAGUCUUGGAAGAGUCUAGGGAGAAGGGUUUUUGAUAUAUAUGUCCAGGGUGAACUUAAGGAGAAGAACUUUGACAUCAGGAAGACAGCAGGCGAUAAAUCUUACACCGUAGUUAGGAAACCGUACAAAGUUCCUGUGACAAAAAACUUCAUUGAGAUUCAUCUCUUCUGGGCUGGCAAGGGAACUUGCUGCAUUCCUACUCAAGGAUACUAUGGGCCCACUAUCUCGGCUCUGAGUAUAACCCCUGAUUUCGCCCCUACCGUGGGUACUGCGGCACAGCAAAACAAGAGUACUAGUAAAUCAGGUGUAAUUGUUGGAGUUAUAGUUGGUGUGACAGUCUUAGGUUUGGUAGCACUUGUUGGAAUCUUUAUGUGGAGACAGAAAAGGAGAAAGCUAUCAUUGGAGCAACAAGAGCUAUACAGUAUUGUUGGAAGACCUAAUGUUUUCAGUUAUGGUGAACUAAGGUCCGCAACUGAAAAUUUUAGUUCCAGUAACCGUCUUGGUGAAGGAGGAUAUGGUGCAGUUUAUAAGGGUAAGUUAACUGAUGGAAGGGUAGUGGCAGUGAAGCAGUUAUCUCAAACAUCUCAUCAAGGAAAAAAGCAAUUUGCAACAGAAAUAGAAACUAUAUCCCGAGUUCAACACCGUAAUCUCGUGAAGUUGUACGGUUGCUGCCUUGAAGGCAACAAUCCACUUCUGGUUUAUGAGUACAUGGAAAAUGGAAGCCUUGAUAAAGCACUCUUUGGGACUGAUAAUUUAAACAUCAACUGGCCAGCACGGUUCGAGAUAUGCUUGGGCAUCGCAAGAGGUCUGGCUUAUCUUCAUGAGGAGUCUAGCAUCCGUGUUGUGCACAGGGACAUUAAGGCCAGCAAUGUAUUGCUUGAUGCCAAUCUCAAUCCAAAGAUCUCAGAUUUCGGGCUAGCCAAACUUUAUGAUGACAAGAAGACGCAUGUCAGCACGAAAGUUGCUGGUACAUUCGGUUAUCUUGCACCCGAGUAUGCCAUGAGAGGUCAUAUGACCGAGAAAGUUGACGUCUUUGCAUUUGGGGUGGUCUUAUUGGAGACUUUAGCCGGACGGCCAAACUAUGAUGAUACGCUUGAAGAAGACAAAAUUUAUAUUUUUGAAUGGGCCUGGGAGCUGUAUGAGAACGACAACCCUCUGGGCAUCGUAGACCCAAGGCUGUCAGAGUUCAACAGGUCGGAGGUGCUCCGGGCCAUCCACGUCGCCCUCCUCUGCACCCAGGGCUCACCUCACCAGCGGCCGCCCAUGUCGAGGGUCGUGUCGAUGCUCACCGGCGACACCGAGGUGGCCGACGUGCUGACGAAGCCGAGCUACAUCACGGAGUGGCAGAUCAAGGGCGGCAACACCAGCUUCGCCAACAGCGCCGUCGGCGGGCCAUCGGGCUCGGUUUUGCCGGGGCCGACCUCGCAGCAGCACUCGUCGCCGUUCCUGAACUCCAUCAUCCAGGAAGGCCGGUGAUCUGGUCUCUCGCCGGUGCAUGAUCGGAAUCAUCUUUUCAUCGAAUCACAGGUGGUAAUCUCGCCUUGUGAAUAUACUCGGUGGCUCGUUGCAAAGUGCAAACGGUGUCGAGACUGUCAGUUUUGCAGUGCAGGUCGUCGUCGUCUUUUUUUUUUUUUUUUACAGUUUGCUGGCUGCAUUUUUUUUUUGUGUGUAUUCGGUUUGAUUCAAACCUGUACAGUAUACGUUUGUGUAUAUUUUGAUCAAAUAUCUGUUGUGCUUUGCCUGGUUUGGAUGUGAAUAAUAUUGGGAAUUUUUUUCCCUUCUGAGUUAUCCUAAGUUUGAUC